CUUCGUAUAUUCAAGCAGUCCCGCGCUUUAAAAAUUGCUACAAGUGUGAUCUGUACUGGGUUGCAUUAUACGAUGUUUUUCUUUUCGUGUUGUAGAUUUCAACGUCAUUUCAAGUACGGAGCGAUCAUUUCAUUAUAGGGCGGUAUUGGAGUCCGCCUUCGAUGGGAUAAGUAUUAUGGAACUUAUGACUCGUGGGUAACUGAUGGUAGUGUCGUGAUACUGCGCAUAAAAUUGUUUUAACACAAGCACAUUUUGUUUAAUCAUGUUAAGCCGUUUACGAAGCCAGGCAGUAAGGACCUUAGGGGCGCGGGGUUACCACGCUCUCAAAAGGAGGCCCCAACUGCUAUCGAGAAAACCACCGGAUAAACAGAUUCUACUUUUGCUGGCCGAGUCACAGAAGCAGCACCAGCGUGGAAUUAUUAUGGCCGCUCGCCUGCUUCGGAGCAUACUGAAAAUCCGCUACUUCGUGCUCGGAGGGACUCUCUCGGGCGGAGUGCAUAUGGCUAGCCGAUUUGAGGAAUGGAAAAAGAAUCUUCCAGAUUUUGAGUGGAUUAAAGAUGCAGUACCCAAGAAUGAAAAUCUGAAAAAGAUUCGCGAUACUCUCAUUAGUGCCAAAGACAGAGGAGGCGAAGCUGUCACUGUGGGUCUUGCCAGCUUUAUCCAGUGGUUGGAUGCAGUCAACUUUGUCCCUCCAAGUAGCGCAAAAGAUAAAAUCGGAAGCGGAACGGUAGCCGCAGUAGGGCUAUUUGCGAACGGUGACGAAAACAAAACGCCAAAGCAUAAAACGGAGCAGGAGAGAAUCAACAACCUUCAGAACGAUCUUAUUAAUCUUCAAAUUAAAUAUCAACGUGAAUUAGAAAAGCUAGAGAAGGAGAAUAAAGAAUUAAGAAGGGAAAUCAUACUCGUUCGUCAGAAACGGGAGUCAGUUACUGCCGCCCGGCGGCAAAUAAAACCGUCAUUGAUCGAUAUAUACUCAGGUGUUUUAGAUGAGCUGAGCGGCUGUGGUUUUAAUGUUCAGGACAGUUUGCCCAGAAUAGUCGUUGUUGGAGAUCAGUCAGCAGGAAAAACGUCAGUACUCGAAAUGAUCGCUCAGGCGCGUAUCUUUCCGCGGGGCGCGGGUGAAAUGAUGACGCGUUCUCCAGUCAAAGUUACCCUCUCGGAGGCCGCAGACCAUACAGCUAAGUUCAAUGACUCGAAUCGCGAAUACGACCUAACUAAAGAAUCCGAACUAGUAGAGCUUCGAAGGGAAAUCGAGCACCGAAUGCAAAGGAACGUCGCUGAUGGAAAAACAGUAUCUACUGAUGUGAUUUCGCUUAGCGUCAAGGGGCCUGGUCUUCAAAGAAUGGUGUUGGUCGAUUUGCCAGGAAUCAUUAGCACUUCAACUGCAGAAAUGGCAGCCGGUACGAAAGAGUCUAUCCGAGAAAUGACCGAAUUUUACAUGAACAACCCGAACGCAAUCAUUUUAUGCAUCCAGGACGGAUCAGUGGACCCAGAACGUUCGAUUGUGACAGACCUCGUUAGUCGUUCAGAUCCAGAUGGCAAACGCACUAUAUUCGUACUAACUAAAGUUGAUCUCGCAGAGAUCAACAUGGCUAAUCCUAACCGAAUAAAGAAAAUUCUUGAUGGACGUCUUUUCCCAAUGAAAGCUCUAGGCUAUUUCGCUGUGGUCACCGGAAAAGGAGGAAAAGACGACAAGAUCGAAGACAUUCGCAGAUACGAAGAGGAAUUUUUCUUAAACAGUCGACUUUGCCGCGAUGGUGUGCUCAGUGCUUCACAGUGCACCACGCAGAAUCUUAGUUUUAGUGUGAGCGACUGUUUCUGGCGAAUGGUGAAGAACAACAUUAAGCAGCACAGCGACUCGUUCAAAGCACAAAGAUUUAAUCUCGAAGCUGAGUGGAAAAAUAGUUUUCCACGGCUAAGAGCGCUGGAUCGAGACGAACUCUUCGAGCGUGCUAGAAGCGAACUAUUGGAUGAAGUUGUAUAUUUGUCUCAGUUGGCGCCUCGAGAAUGGGAACUGAUUCUCCAGAGGCACCUCUGGGAAUCAGUCUCUAGUCAUGUUUUCGAUAGCAUCUACUUACCAGCAGCACAGGCUAAAGAUCAUGCAGGGUUUAAUACCGUUGCCGAAAUCCGCCUAAAAUUGUGGGCAGAGAAUAUUUUACCUCAGAAGUCUGUCGAGGCAGGUUGGUGCGCCUUAAAAGAGGUACUUCAAUUGCUAAUGGAAAAAGACAAAUUGAGCAAAAACUAUGACAAGUUGUUUGAUAAACUGAACGAUCGAGUAUUUCAAGAAUUGGUAGAUCGGCAUACCUGGGAGGAUAAGUCAAUCGAAACCCUACGACUUAUACAGCUGAACACACUCGAAGAUCGUCUUAUCACUGAUAAGCAUCAGUGGGAUUCCAGCGUUAAGUUCAUGGAAAAAAUUCUUCUGGAGAGAUUCGAAAAAGCUAAGGAUAACUUGUCCGAGUUUGUAGGGCCUGGUUUUUACGAGCAAUGGUUUUUCUGGAGACGUCGUACGUCAGAUCAGGCGAUUCGUGUAGCCAUUAAAAACGAGCUUGAAGCAAUGUUCACGGGAAGUUCUGAGAUGUUUUUCACGCACGGUCCCGCGCUCACGCAAAAUGAGCUAACAAUUGUCCGAAGAAAUCUUCAAUCGAAAGGGUACAAGACAGUCGAUUUCAGACAAAUAAAGGACGUGUGGGAUCCCGUCUAUCAAUACCACUUUUUGAAACGCGCUGUGGAACAGGCUCGGGACCGUUCGCGGCUUUUUUAUGAGUACCAGAAAGGAAAGGAUAACGAGGCUUCGCAGUGUUCUGAUAUCGUCUUUUUCUGGAAAGUUCAUCGAAUGAUACAAACUACGUCAAGUGUUCUUCGGCAACAGUUGAUGAAUCGUGAGACGAAAAAGUUAGAAAAAGAGGUUAAAGACAUUUUUGAGGAUAUUGGACAAGAUGUACAACUUAAGAAGGAACUGUUAACAGGUCGACGAGUCGAGUUAGCUGAGGACUUGAAGAGGGUGCGGGCUGUCCAGGAAAAGCUCGAAGAGUUUAUAGAAGCACUCAACAAAGAAAAAUAGUGCUAUAGGACAUUAUCGAUUUCACGUAGUACCUCGCACCUUAGGUCUAUAUUUUUAUAAUAAUUUGAAAGCAGUUUUAACACAAUAUAAUUCUAAAUUGCCUGAUUUAAGUAUCUGACUGAGGUCUGAUUGUUUCUCCUUUGAUUGAAAUUUUUGUCAAGAAGAACUUCUCCAAAGUCAGGCAAUAUGAUGCAUAUGGUGCAUUCAUCAUGUUGGAAUCUUUUCGACUGAUCCUCUAUGUUGCCACGAAUGUGUUUAACCGCUACCAGAGAUAAAAGCUAGUUCCAAAAAUAACGUAAACCAAUUUGAAACCAUAACCGAAAGAGUUCUCUAAAUCUGAACGGAGAUCAGCUAUUAUUCAAUCUUUCCAUGCUGAGCAAAUCAUACCAAGAUUGAAGACUUCGUUUCCUUCAAAAUCGACGGUAUAUAUUACUGCCAAUGUCCAUCCGGCUUUCCAAAAGUAUGAGGAAGGAUUUCAUGGGGUAAAGGGAAAGGUUUUUCAUAUCUUGAGGCUCAGAAUGAUCACCAAAAUAAUGCAAAAAGAUAUUUCCGGUAAUCCCGAAUUUUGAUAAAGAUUGGGGAUUAAAUUGUCAUGUUUGGAAGCUGGACUUAUUAUCAACCUAAUUUUAAUUUUAUAUGAUACGUAUUUGAAGGACACCAACGAGUUUACGCUUACCAUUAUUCACUAAAGAUGUAUGUAGAUUAAACAAUAUGAAAACGGCUAGUGAAUAGUUUAGAUCCCAAAUUGAAGAUGUAAGCAUGGUGAGUUGAAUGUCACUUCUGUGGUGGUUAUUUUGAAUAAACGUAACCGUCAGGAGUCACUUCUAGCACAUCCAUUGAAGUAUCUUUUUGUUCAGAUAUAAUCUUAGAAAUAGCUUAUAAAAAUAUACAUAUUUAUUUUUUUCUUUUUUUCCAUAGGAUUGGAUUAGUUUUUAGCUGUCUGCUAGGACAGAGAACUGCACAGUUAGCUCAUAUUCAGAUAAAUAUAGCGCAUUAAUUAUUGCAAUAUAAAUAUUUUACCUGAUGGAAUUACCUCAUCUUGCGGUUGGUACCCCUUACCGCAUAGUGAUUUCAAAUAGUACUGUCUAUAGUAUCUUUGGGUACGUGUCGGACGCGACAGUGGAGGCGUUGCCGAGUGUGUUUUGCACGAGUAAGCAGCAAUAGGUGUUUUAAUUUAAUAGUGAACAUCCAUUUAGCACACACGAAUCCUCCCAACGUACCCCCGUUUAUCUUGUAGCGUCGAAAACAACUCUGAAAACCCAGCAUCCUCUAAAGGAAAACGAUCGUAUAGUUUAAGGCCGUCUCGCAUAAUUGCCACCCAUGCGCAUGGAUCGAACCACGCCCAGGGCAUCUCUUGUCGCGCUUUUUGCAUCGUUUGGUGGAUCGACCUUCCGUGAUAAUCACCUAGACGCUCGAAUACUUUAGUCCGCUUUUUUAGCCGAGCUUCAUGGAGCGCCAUCGCCAGCGAUGCUCCUCAAUAACCCACGCAGUCAAUAAGUUGGCUCAUCAACCUACAUGACCAG